AGGCAAGGUCUAAAGAAGCAAUAUGGUGGUUACACUUGCCUCCUUACUGGAGACAAUGAAUAAGCUACAAGAUGUAUUUACAACAGUUGGUGUUUCGUCUGAUUCCAUGAACCUGCCCCAGAUCGUGGUGCUAGGCUCCCAGUCCUCUGGUAAAUCAUCUGUCCUAGAGAACAUAGUGGGCCGGGACUUUCUACCACGUGGAAUGGGAAUUGUAACACGUCGUCCCUUGAUUCUGCAGCUUAUAAACACAGAUGAACAGUGUAGUGCUAAUGGAGUCGAGCACAUGAUCUGGGCAGAGUUCCUCCACAGAAAGGGGGAGAUUUUUACAGAUUUCGAGCUGGUAAAACAGGAGAUAAGUAUUGAUACAGAGAGAGUUGCUGGAAACACUAAAGGUAUCUCAGCUGUCCCCAUUCACCUCAAGAUUUUCAGUAAUUCAACGCCGAAUCUAACUUUAGUUGACUUGCCUGGACUCACUAAAGUGCCUGUUGGAGGUCAGCCGGAGGAUAUUGAAACGCAAAUUGAGCAACUUAUCCUGAGCUAUGUUGAGAAUGAAAAUGCAAUAAUCCUAGCCAUCACUCCUGGUAAUCAAGACAUCGCUACAUCUGAUGCUAUCAAAGUUGCAAGGAAAGCAGAUCCAUUUGGUGAGAGAACGAUUGCCGUUAUUACGAAGGUUGACCUGAUGGAGCGAGGAGUUGAGGGAAUGAACCUGUUAAAAGGAAUAACCCUACCCGUCAAGCUUGGACUUGUUGGUAUAGUCAACAGAUCCCAAUUAGACAUUGAGGCAGGCAAAACAAUAAAACAAGCCUUGGAGGAAGAGGAAAAGUUCUUUUCCAAAAGCCACCCUAACCUGGCAAUAAAGAUGGGAACAUCGUAUCUGUCUGAAAGACUUAGUAUCAUCUUGAUGGGCCAUGUUAAGAAAUGUUUGCCCGGUCUCCGAAGUAGAGUGUCCCAUAUGAGAGGAGUUCAGGAGGCUGUAAUAAAUGAUUUAGGUAAAACCAUUUCAAAGAAAGGACCUGCCAUUCUAGAGCUUAUCAACACAUUUUGCGAGGAAUUCAGAUGUGUUAUCAACGGUAACUCAACCAAUAUCCAAACAACAGAAAUAUCAGGAGGAGCAAAGCUGUUUUACAUAUUCCAAGACACGUUUGGUAAAGCCUUGGAGGAGUUUGAUCCCAUGACUGGACUGAAUCUGUCAGAUGUUAGACAUGCUGUAAGAAACUCUAUGGGAACUAGACCGUCACUUUUUGUACCAGAAAUCGCGUUUGAAAUGCUGGUUAAACGUCAGAUAGGACUGUUGAGAGACCUAUGUUUGAGAGUUGUGGACUUGUCAUACGAUGAACUAGCUAACACCAUCUCGGUCACCUGCACAAGACACUUUGAGAGGUUUGAUAACCUGAAGUCAGCUGCUAUGACGUCAGGAAUCAACCUUCUGAGCGAGCGUUUACCGCCAACACGUCACAUGGUAGAGAAUCUACUGAACAUCGAGCAAGGAUACAUCAACACCAACCACCCUGACUUCAUGUACCGGUACAGGGCCAUGUCCGAGAGAUUAAAGACCAACUCAGAACCCUCUCAAGAUGCAGCCUCCGUUUCCAGUAUGAUAUCCAGAAUUAGCAUUUGUGAUCAAAGAGAACGCACGGACUCCGGAAAGGAGAUAGACCACAAACUGACAAAACGAGAGCGAGAGGAGGUCCAGAUGAUAGAGCUACUGAUCGUCCAAUACUUUACAAUUAUCCGCAAGCAGCUCCAGGACACAAUUCCCAAGACGAUAAUGUUCUUUAUGGUAGCCUACCUGACUAAAUCUCUCUCCAGUACCCUGAUUAGCGAGCUCUACUGCGAGGAGAAGUUUGACGAGCUGCUCCAAGAGAGCCAAGCAGUUACUAAGAAACGAGAACGCGCAACCAAGAUGCUGACUGCACUGAAUGAGGCACAGAGGGUGCUGAGUAACUUGAGAGAUAUCCCCGGUCUAUGAAGAUGGAAUGUGAGAGCGUCUGACAGCUUGUGGUUUGAAUAUUCUCCGACACCUGGAACAAAGGUUAACUGAGUAAAGUAAUCUCGUGUUUUGCGCAGUUAUGAAAUCUGAUGCUAGGCUUAACUUCAUGCCAGACAAAUAUUUCUAUUGUUUUGUCCAAGGCACAAGUUAAAUUCUGUGGACACCUGAGCGAUAUGUUUACCGAUCCCAUUUAACUGUAAUGAAACUUCCCAAACUUUUCUGCAGGGUUAAGGUUUAAUGAUGUACCUGUCUGCGAACUGCAAUAAUUUCAUUGUUGGUUUGUUUUGCCUAUACUUUGUUUUGUAUUCAUGCCAUAUUUAACAUUGUUUUUAGUUUAUUUUUCUUAAAUAGAUAAACUUUACAAUUUACGUGCAAUUACAGACAUGUGCUGUAAUAUGUUGACCCUAUGUUGAGCCUUUGCGAAGCUUAACGUGAGAUUGUUAGGCAACAAUUCUUGAAGCCUAAAGGUCAACUUUGAUUUCGAAUGUGUACUCACAUUUUUGAGUAAUGGCUCAUUACAUGAGUAUUAAUGUUUUGCAUGAACCUUUUACUUACAAUAUUUUGGUGAUCUGAAUGUUCGAGCUUUUUCUAUUUUUGUUUUAACGGUCGCAUGAUUAUUGUUUCCCGUGAUAUAUCGCCAAUGAAUAAUUUUCCUGAUUGUUGUAGUUUAAAAAGAACAACGUUUUAACGUUUAUCAAACAUUCCAUUUAUUUGAUGCGAUAUUUAAACGACCUGAUCAUAACUUAAGCCGAGCAAAAUAUAUUUGACAAACUCUGUGAGAAAUUUAUAAUUGUUAAAUCACUCUCACUAAAAGAGCUGUGUUUCUAACGAAGUUUUUAAGCAAAUUUUAUGUUGUAUAUUUUUGAAUUGUUUUAUUCUGUUCUGUGUUAACAACACUCAUUAUUCCAAAAAA